AUGGUCAAGUGUUGUAGUUUAUCUUCCCAACAACAUCAGAUCGUGUCGUUUGGAUUUAUUCGGUUAGAGAUGUUUGAUCCCAGUGCACCCGGUGUGACAAAACAAAUGAUGUUGGAUUGGCUACGUAUCAAUCAUCCCAAAUCUCCAGUCAUAUCAAGUACCCGCAAGAGCAGUGUAGCCGAGAUGGUACGGAAGAAACAGCCUGAGUUUUUCCCCAAUCCACUGAGCGAUGCACCAGGAGUGAUGCCCAGCAGUUCCAAUACACUGAACGAACUCCAAACGACUAUGCCUGAUUUGCCUCAAUCAUCCCCUCAGCCAGCAAUCGAAGCCGAGCAACCAGUCAAUCAAUCUGAUCCCUCCACUUCGAGUGAUUUUGCUCCGCCAGUUUUGCCUCAAGAGGUCCCCAAGCCACCGAUUGCACUAGAACGCAAAGUCAAGCGAUCUGGUUCCCCAGCCUCCAGCGCAAAGCCCGCAAAGCGUGCCACGUUUGCUCUGCCACCAGUCGUUUUACCUCAAGAGCCCCUACAACUAUCAAUUCCACCAGAACGGGAACGACAACUCAAGCGAUCUGGUUCCCCCACUGCACACAAGCAGCUUUCCAAACGUGCUCACUUGGGUGACGAGGGACCGCCUCACUUUCCAAGAAAACCUUCAAAGAAAGAAACAAAGCGAGUUGGAAAGGGCUAUCCUUUCUCACAAUCAAGCAGACCUUCGCAUAUGGAACCACCCAAGUCAACUCCAGCUGUGCACAACUCACGUAUCGACUUAUUGGGUAGUGCCAGCACGGAGGAUCUCAAAGCCUUACAAGUUUAUGAAUUGGAAUCUAUCAAACCGUCAAAAUCUUUAAAUGAAAUCCCUUCGAGCUCAAAGAUGACUGGAAUCAAUGAUCUUAUCAACCAUCCAGUGACUCCGGAAAUGAAGGAUCUCAUCGACCUCUCAAGUGUGGACUUGCUUGGUGUUGAAGACCUAGCAGCUAUCACGGAAGACAUACAAGCACAUAAAAACCCAGCAUCAACAACUAAGUCUGGUGUCGAUGUCUUCCAAGAAGAAAGACACCGUGUGGAGAUCACAGUUUCUACGCUUGAGACAUCGGUCUCCCAGCUAAUGAAAAGAGUCGAAGUUAUCGAGGAAACAUCAGUUGCCAAGAUCAUGCAUCAUGAACAACAACGAUAUGAGCAAGGUGAACUUUGCCAUUUGAAGUUGGCUGAGAUCUUACUGACUCUGCCCAUCAUUUUUUAUAGAUAA